AGCAAUUGAAGAACUGUACUAAUCAAUCAAAUAGCUAGCAAACAUGAAUUACCCUCCCUCUUCUUGUUCAUCAUCUCGUAUAUCCCUGGUGCUUCUCCUAGUGAUCACCGUGCUCACAAGGAGUAGCAUCGUUUUAGCUACCUCUGAUCGUUACUAUGCCAAUAGUGCUGAAUACUAUGGUGAUGGAGGUGAUCAUGAGCUGCUGAUGAUGGAGAGGUUCCAUGCCUGGAUGGCAGCUCAUGGCCGGUCAUACCCGACGGCCGAGGAGAAGCUCCGGCGGUUCCAGAUAUACCGUGACAACGUCAAGUUCAUCGAGGCCAUAAACAGGGACACCACUAAGACCUUCACCUGCGGCGAGAACCAGUUCACCGACCUCACCCACCAAGAGUUCCUCGCCAGGUACACCAUGGCCAGCCAUGAUUCGGUGCCACUGGACCUCUCGUCAUCAGUGAUCACCACCCGUGCCGGCGAUAUCACCGAGAGUGAUUCUGGCACGACGAUGCAAGUGGAAGACACAGAUCUGCCGGAACACGUCGACUGGAGGGAGCAAGACGCGGUUACGCCUGUCCAGAAUCAGCUCCAGGGCUGCCAUGCUUGCUGGGUGUUCGCGUCGGUGGCAACGAUCGAGAGUGCCAACAAGAUCAAGAACGGGGAUCUCCUAAAGUUGUCGGAGCAGCAAAUCGUGGACUGCACCGCCGAAAAAUGCGGCGGCGGCACCCUGCAAGAGGCAUUCAAAUAUGUGCAGAAGAACGGAGGAAUCGCCACGGAGGAGGAAUACGGCGCUUACACGGCGAAGGCCGGCAGCUGCCAUGCCGGCAACGUCCGUAAGGCCGUCAGGAUUCAGACCUACGAUUUCUUGCCGAGAGAGAACGAGACUGCACUGGCUGAGAAGGUUGUCCAGCAGCCUGUCGCCGUCCUGUUCGAUGCUCACGAUCCAGCCUUCGCAUACUAUAAAGGAGGCAUCUACUCCGGGGGACAGCCACGCACACGCUACGUGCUCAACCACGCCAUGGCCAUCGUUGGUUAUGGGAAGAACGAGAGUACGGGGCAAAAGUACUGGAUCGCCAAGAAUUCGUGGGGUACCGGCUGGGGAGACGGCGGCUACGUGUACAUAGCGAAGGACAUGCCUGACAAACCCCAGGGCGUGCAAGGGCUUGUGGCCAAGUAUCCCUGGUACCCUAUUGUGUAGGAGUGAGUACAUACUCGUAUAAAAACGACGAAGGGCGUUCGUCAUCCAUAUCUCCGUAGGACAUAAUACAUAUUAUGUGUCGAGAAUAAAAGACAAUGGCACAUCAUGGUGGACACUAUAGACAUCUCAGGUGUCAUUGGAGCUAAUAUAUGAAUCAAUAAAUAAACAAAAUGUUCUUAUGGUAUC